GUCAAAAUGAACGUGAAGAAGUACAGUAUUACGGUAUUUUUUUAUGUAACCGGCAAGUAAAGUCCAAUUUCAGGGACGCUCAAAAUGCGUGUUAUUUAUAACAUGGCAUCGCUUAGUCACAAACUACAAACUAUUUUAAGAAACGCGCUUUCAAAUAAAACUAGUUUCGCCCAUACAACGUUUUUUCGAGCAUUCACGUGGUCAGCCAGCCGGUUACAACUACAAACGACACAGGGGACAAAUGCCAAUGUUUUGAUUGGGGACGUGGACAGAUUCGGCGGAGUAACAGUGAACCUCGUUGAAAGUGAUUUCACGUCGGACAUCAGCGAAGGAGUAUUUUGUAAUCUACUGCGAGACUCGUUGACUCGAUGGAGAACAGAGGGUCGGACAGCAGUCUGGCUUCAAGUGCCAAUCUCUUUGAGCCGCUUUGUUGCAGCAGCUUCUGUUCAGGGGUUCACCUACCACCACGCCAAUAAGGACCGUGCUAUUCUGGCUCUGUGGCUGCCAGACGGACAAAGCAGGUUGCCUGGGUUUGCCACACAUCAGGUUGGAGUAGCAGGUGCUGUCGUUGACGAGUCAAAUGGAAAGGUCCUUGUCGUUCAAGACAAAAACAAGACAGUAAAUGCAUGGAAGUUCCCCGGAGGGCUCUCGGAUCCAGGAGAAAACAUUGGCACCACAGCGGUGCGGGAGGUCUUUGAGGAAACCGGAGUUCGCUCAGAGUUCAAGUCCCUUCUGAGCAUCCGGCAGCAGCACAAUCACCCGGGUGCUUUCGGUAUGUCCGACAUGUACAUCGUCUGUCGCCUCAGCCCCCUCACUUACGACAUCAACUUCUGCACCCAGGAGUGCCUGCGCUGUGAGUGGCUGGAGCUAACUGAGCUGGCCGAGACUGGUGACACCACUCCUAUCACCAGUCGCCUCGCCAAACUCCUUCUUCACGGCCUGAACCAAGGCUUUGACAAGAUUGACCUUCCUAUGGAGGAGCUGCCGGCUGUAUACUCAGGGAGGUUCUACCAGUUGUAUCACAGGAAGCUGCCGCAGGCGCAUGAACAAAGGCCUGAGGACGAGGUCCAUCGACCCUAGCACAUCGAUUCUAACACACAGUGCUAGUCAUAGCGUGGGAAUGUUGUUUUAUAAUACUUCAAGUAUUAUAUACUAAUGAUUGACUGGAAUUAACGUUUAUUAACUGUUACAAAGGAGGAAGGUUGUAGCAAAUGGUACGCUUUGUUUUUAACACUUUAGGAAAUGUUUCACAAAUUAUAAGAUGCACCUAAAGUAGUAAAUGUACAUAAUUUUAGAAGUAACAGACAACUGUUAAGAAAUAACUUCCAUGACAUCUAAGCUCUAUAGCUAAACGAGUCAUUCAUAUAAGUUACGAUUUCGAGGUGAAAUAUAAUUAAACUGUAGUAUUGUACGAGGUUAAGUAGUUUUUCUGCAGUUAAUUUGAUUUAGAGUUAUGAAGCUCACUUUGCCACGCCAAUAAUAAUUCCACUUUGCCAACCCAAUGUUCUAUUCAAUGGUUUUAUCAAGUAAACGUCUGGGCAUUAAAUCCUUAAUCUUUUUAAAGCCUUGAACUAGUUAGUGGCAUUUCACUUUGAAUUUUGACUAUCUCUUCAACUAAAAAAUAAAGAAAAGUGAACA